AUGCAAUCCGGCAGCAUCGUCAAUCUUCACAUCGCCCGCGUUAAGGGCACUCCUCCCGACCCCGUGGAUUCUGCCCGCGCCGUUUCCGCAGAAGGGUUGGAGGGCGACCGGAGUCGAAACCCGCGUAACCUGCGUCAGGUCCUGGUCAUGGACAAAGAAACGCUGGAUCGCUACGGUCUGGAACCCGGACAGGUCAAGGAAAAUAUCACCGUAACCGGGAUGGAUCUGUCCCAGGCCACCCAGGGCCACGUCUUCUUCAUCGGCAGCUCCGACAACCACGUUACGCUGGAAGUUACCGGCGACUGCGAACCCUGUCAGAAAAUGGACGCCCUCAUCCCCGGUUUGCAAAAGGAAAUCUUUGGCCGGAGGGGCAUACUGACGGUUGUCCUGCAGGGCGGCGAGAUUAACAUCGGCGACACCAUCCGGCUAGAACCGUAA